CCAUCAGCCAUGUGAAUGUGAUCGCUUCACAAGCUUACAACAACCCAAAAAAAAGCAAAGUUUUUUUUUUUGCAUCUCUCAGAGCACUAUGGGUUCUUCACAAUCUGCGCUAGUUGAAGAAGAAGAGGAAACUGACAAUGAAGAAGAAGAAGAAGAAGAUGAAGAGGAAGACGAUCAUGGCAGAUCAUCAAACACAAGAGAAUUAGACAAUCUCCUAGUGAAAAAAGUACUCGAACAAGAGCCUGAGAUGUUACCAUGUCACGCUUCAGCUUCACCGCUUUCACCACAGCUAUCAUCUCUCGGUACUCCACGGCUUGGACCUUCGAUUAAAGUUUGGGAUCCUUACAACGUCCUCUCCCCUCCGCUGCACCCUCACCCGCACCCGCCGCCUAUCUUCUCGCGAAUCGCGUCUGGUGACGAAGAUCGUUCCGUGACGGAGGUUUAUCUCAUUAGCCAUGGUGAGUGUGAUCUCAAUUUGAGACCUGAUUUGGUUGGUGGGAGAUGUCAUGUUGCUGCGCUUACUCCUAACGGUAAACGCCAAGCUAGGGCUCUUGCUGUUUUCUUUAAAUCUCAGGGUGUUCGAUUCACUUCUGUUUACUCUUCCCCUUUGGAUCGAGCUAGAUCCAUGGCUGUUUCGGUUUGUCAGGAAAUGAGUUUUCCAGAGGAGCAUGUACAAUCCUCAGAUGCUAUUAUCGAGAUGAGUCUUGGGGAUUGGGAAGGUUGCAAUCAAUCAGAGAUUUUUAGUCCCGAAACCUUGAGUUUGAUUGAACGAUGCCAGCCUGAUUUCACGGCCCCAUCUGGAGAAUCACUCAGGCAAGUAGAGUUCCGAAUGGUUCAGUUUCUAAACGGGACAGUCUCAGGGGUUGCCGAGAAGCUCAGGUCAGAUUUUUCUUCUACUAUGAAUCACAACGAAACUCAUGAGCGUGAUGGUUCGUCUUCACUUCCCUCGACCAACUGGGACUUGCUUCACAAACAUCGUCCGAGUCUUACAAGGAAGAAAUCUGGUAAAAGCAGACUUCAAGUAAUGACCAAUCACGAGCCUGACGAUGGAUCCCCAAGGGAAGAAGUUAAUCACAAUCACAAUGACCUAAGUGAUUCCUCUUCCCUAAUCUCAAAUUGCAUCGGGGUAUUCACGCAUUCUUUGCCUAUAAAGUGUCUUCUAACCGGAAUCCUCGGUUGCAGUCCGGUAAUGAAUCAUAAGAUCUGUGUAGAAGACUCUUCAGUGACAGUGUUACAGCAUUCUUGGAGAAACGGGUGGCAGGUCAAACGAAUGAACGAUACUGCUCAUCUUAGAUUGUUGUAGCUUUUAUUUACCGAUAAAUUAUUUGGGAUAACGAGGAUUCACAUAUAUCAUGUAUACACGACAAAUCUGCAGAAGAUCAAGAACAAAUGUUUUUGCGGAUGACGAAGAAAUGCCACGACCUCUUUGUAAUGUUUUGUUUGUGAAAGGAGAAAAAAAAAGAAAAAAGAUAACAAAUAGGAUUCAUUGGUUUUGAUCUUUGUUGUUGUUUUGGUUUUGGUUGAUUCUUUAUAUUUGCAAGCUUCAUGAAAUUACCUUUUUUUGUCAUAUAUUUUUAUUGUACAAGAUUAAGAACAAAGCAUUUGUGUUCUGUCUGAUAUUUAAGAAUAAUAUUAGCCAAAAAAGUAA